CCUCCUCCUCCUCCUCCUCCUUCUCCUACAGGUUAGGGUGGAGCUGUCUCUGCGUGAAAUUCUGAAAACAGCCGGUGGUUUCAGGAUCCAGAAAUAACUUUAGAGUUGGAAUUAGGACCUUAUCCAUCGAACUUACACAGGUAUGAGCCAGCCGCCCCGCUUCAACAGGGGACACCGGGAGAGGAACGGGGAGCGCCGGGAUGACAGGCGCUCCUCUCCCAACAGCACCUCCACCCGACCCCCUUACUACCCUCGAGAAGAAGACCCCCCUCCCAAGCAUCACCGUGACAAUCCUCGGGUGGAGCACCGUGACUCCAAAUGUAACAACAUCUGCUCCAGGAGAGGCAUCGUGCUAAUCUGCUCUGUCCUGACCAACGCCCUCGUGCUGAUCUGCGUGGUGGCGGCUCAGAUGGUGAUGUCGGGCCUAUCCUCAAUGGGUGGCAUGGGUAGUUUCAACAUCAACAGCAACUUCAACAUGCAGGGCACUGAGCUGCAGCAGGUCAGAGACCUGGACAUGCAGUACAGCCAGAUGAGGGCGCCCGGCAUCUAUGGCGGCAUUGCCUUCAGCCUGACUUUCGGGGUACUAUCAUUGCUGUUUGUGGUCGCCGGGAACAAACCUCCCCACCGCAUGUCCAAGAAGCUUCUGUUUGGGGCGUUGGUGUUCCAGGCGGUGGGCGCCGUGGCCUAUGUGGUGGCCGUGGGGCUCUACCUCCACUUCGUCAUACAGGUCAACUCUACAGAUAUAUGCCGCCGCCGUGAGAUCCUGUACAGGCGGAACGGCUAUACCUGGAUGAACUGUGAUGUGAGCGGGGCUGAUGCCGCAGUGGCGCUGUUCGGGCUAAUCACCGCCAUCCUGUACACCGCCGGCACCGUGCUCACGGCUAAGACCGUCAGAUGGGUGAAGCGCUACCAGCAGGAGAAGAAGAGGCGAGAAUUGGAGAGGCAGCAGGGCCGGGGUAACAAUCACUGGACCCCAGUAGGGGGUGAUACAACCUCUGUGUGAGGCUGAAGGUGCUAAAUCUGCUCCGUUCCAUCGGUUUCCCUUAUAAGCAGGAGAGCCGCUCCAAAUAAAACUGUUCCUCUUAAAAUGAGGCGUAAAACGGAUCAUGAAAAACUACGAUCCUGAAAUGGUUAGAGGUGAUGUGUUUACAGAAAAACAGGUUCUAGUUCAUGCUGCAAAACCUGAGGAAUUAGCAUUAAUCACAGCUGCAUCCUUUAUUGUUGGUGGAUGCCAGGCCUUUAAGGCAAGUGUUAAAAUUUAAGAUGAAUAACCAGCAGUUUUCAGCUUCUGUAGCUUCAUCCAGCAGCAGCAGAUCUUCUUUUUUAUUGAUCAGAGAUACUAUAAUGGAGCUGCUGCCAAACAUUUAACAAUGAUGAGUAGAAGGGGUCCUGAAAUCAGAUGGGACCUUGCACAAAGAAUGUUUUAUAGAAACUGUGACUACAUUUGACUUCAGCUGCUUGCUUGUGUUUUUGCCACUUUUAGCCUUUAUAAUCAAUGAAGCUCAGGAACCAGUGUGGAUGAGUUUUUAUGUG